CGGAUCGGAUCGACGCCACGGGCCACGGCGACAGAAGGCCCCACGCAGGCACGCGGCCUCAUCAACCACUUCCAUUUUAUUAUACGAUCCACUCCCCAGAAAUCUCUCCACAUCUCACACAUCCCCCACAGCCCAGCUAAGAUCUCCAUCGUCAUCCUCCAUGGCUGCCAAGCUCGCCGCCCUCCUCCUCCUCGCCUUCUUCGCCGUGGCGUCCUCCGCCGCCGCGCUCCCGACUCAGACCAAGCUUACAAAGGGCGGUUUGGGUGACUCCGGCAUGGAGUGCGUGUACACGGUGUACGUGCGGACGGGGUCGAUCUGGAAAGCCGGGACGGACGCCAACAUCACGCUGGAGCUCAAGACUGCCACCGGCAACGGGGUGCUGAUCGAGGACCUGCCGCGUUGGGCCGGGCUGAUGCCGGCGGGCCACUCCUACUUCGAGCGGGGCAGCCUCGACAUCUUCAGCGGCCGUGGGCCGUGCCUCGGGGCCGCGCCGUGCCGGAUGAGGCUGGCCUCCGACGGCACCGGCCCGCACCACGGCUGGUACUGCAACUACGUCGAGGUCACCGUUACUGGGCCGCACAGGGGUUGCAAGCAGCAGCUGUUCACCGUCGAGCAGUGGCUGGCCAAUGACGCGCCGCCAUAUAAGCUCGAGGCUGUUGUUGAUCAAUGCCCCCGGAAUGAUGCUGCUGCUGCUGAUGGCGUCGCCCAGGCCUGAUCUGAACGGCUGAAGGUCUUUGUUGUUUUGUGUGUAGUGGUAAUAAGCUGUGGGGCUGUACGUGCCGGCCGGCUCGUGUGUGCCGCGGCACUGAGAUGUACACUAGAGUUGUGAGCUCGUCGUCGUACGGAUGUGCUACUGCUGCUGGUGAAAUAAUCGGGACCUGAUUUGUAUGUGCUGUGAGAGUUGCGACUAGAAGCGGUGUGGUUCUGUACGUACAUGGUUUUUGAUAUGGUAUUCCCCUCGUAUUCUCUUGA